AUGGGGAACUGCAUGAACUGCACCGCCGGCGAAGCGCCGGCUGGAAAGCUUCUACUACUCGAUGGUACAUACCGGAGUCUGGAAGCCUCAGUCACGGUGGCCGAGCUCAUGCUAGACCACCCGUCACACUUCAUCUUCGAGCUCCGACGACCACUCUCCGGCCAUGCAUGCAUGCCACAACCACUCCCCGCCGACCAUGAACUAGACCCUCAUAAGUUCUACGCGGUGCUACCUUUUAAUGGUGAUGAAGCUCAUGAGGAAGCUCGCCGGAGACUCUCCGGCAAUGGUUCUUUUCUUAGGUGGUGGUGUUUUCCGGUGAACUCAUGUGGGCUUAUGAGCUCCGGCGAGGAGGAGGAGGAGGAGGAGUAUAUUAAGGUGAGGUGCUCGACGGAAGUCAUGAAUGAAAAAGCAAGGUUGAUGAGAGGUAGACGAGGGUGGAAACCAAGUCUUGGAACUAUUCAAGAGAGAGCUUAA